AUGGACGACCGCAGCAACUCAGUCGGUUACAGUGAUCGAGAUCACUACAAACUAUGCAGCAACUCCAGCCUGAAAAUCGCCCUGGGUUUCGGCAUCUUCUUUCAACUGGCAGCACUCUGUUUCGGCAUCAGUAUGCUCAGCGUUCAGUCCUGGGCGGACAUAACCGUGGGUAUUUCCGAUACUGCCGUGAACAAAUACGGCAGAAGUAGGACCUUCGGCCCAGUUUCGGAGUGCUUUAAGUCACCAUUUCAAGGUUCAUUCGCGCCUGCGACACAGGAGGGAUGCUAUUUGAAGAAUUUUGGUCAGUACAAGGACACAGGGAUUGAUGCUAAACAGCCAGGUCUUGCGUCUACGGAGGUGGGAUUGCUGGCAUUUGGCAUCGUCUUCAAUGCCCUGGCAUUGGCCAUGGUGUGUCAUCUGGCAGUCAUGUGGUGUCGAGCCCCCUACGACAGCAUCUACGUGCGAAACUUCCGUCUGGCUGUGGGCAUCGUCUCAACAGUUUGCACAAUACUCUACCUGGCAACCAUUAUCGUCUAUCAUCUGGAGCUCAAUGUUGAAGUACAACAAAUGCCAAUAGCUGCCCGGAAAUCGACGAUCUUGACGUUUGGCGCUGGGUACAUUUUGGCCUGGUUUGCGGUCGCCACAAGCCUCAUCGCCGCUUGGCUUUUCAUCGCUUCCACCUGUUGCUGGGCAGUCGAUUUUGUAAACUGUCGCUCUGUUGCGGCCGCAUUCUAUCCGCCCUGUUCUCAGCGUCCAGUACCGUUUGGAUCGAAUGCUGGUCUGUAUCCAUCAGCCUACAGCAUGGACAGUCUUAGCAAGUAUUCCAUCCACGAUCCCCCCACGCUCCCACGAUUCAGAACUGACACCUACGGAGAUGGACAUGAAAUUCGCAAUCCAAAUGCGAUAUCUCCUCCAGAGGAAGAAGCUUCAACGUAA